UUGACGGACCGGACACGCUUCGACAGAUCGCUGUCGUUCAUUUUGUGCGGGCGUGGCGACACGCCCGCGUUAACGGGGGACCUCGGGGCUCCGCCGGCCAGCUGGUACAACGGGACACGGACCUUUUCACUGUAUCGCUCCCUCUCUGACCUCUCUCUCACAGUACUUGUAAACAUGGUCAAUAUCGGGCUGACGAAGGUAGACGACGAGUUAGUUGCUAAACAUCCGGGGUUGCAGACCUACACAGCUUGUCAGUCUCAUGCCUUCAUGAAGGGGACUGGGAGCUUUAUACUGGGUGUUGCGGGUUUAUUUGCCGUUCAGAAGGCUCUACAGAGGAAGCUUCCUUACCCUCUUCAGUGGAAUUUACUCAUUUCAACCGUGGUGUCUUCAUUGGCCAGCUAUGCAGUGACUCGCUGGGAAACGCAGAAGUGCACAGACCUUUGGUUGUUGAUAGAGACCGGAAGGACUCCAGACAGGCUGUCACCACCACCAGUACCACAAGCAGAGGAAUCAGAAAAGCCUCAGAAGACAAAAUAUGGUGAUGUCAUGGAAUGAAUAUAGACGUCUUCAACCUGUGCUUCAGAAAGUUCACAUGGAGGAAGUUUGCCUGGAAAGUUCAUUCUGUAUUUAGUUGGAAUGUUUUUCAUAUUUCUUUUUCAUGUAAACCUCAAGUGUCAAUUUCUAUUAUUAUCAUUAUAAUGACAAGAAUUCUUCUUAUUAUUAUUAUAUUUUGGUUUAAGAAUUUGCAGAGGUUUUGAAUUGCAUAAUAGCAUUAAGAUGUGGAUAAAAAAAAAUGGCUUCCCUAAAUCUAAGGUCAGGAAUUAUUUUGGGAUAUCCUACAUUAAGCUUGUGAUCCGAUGUUGUUGUGUGGAUGUGUUGGUUUGUCAUGCAACAGAAUUAAACUAACUGAAACAGCUAUUGGCCGUUACUGUUGACCUCAUGGGAUAUGCAGACUUGUGUGUUGACGCCCUUUUUGGGUCACAGAGAAGUCGAACCAGCUAAUGAGCAGUUUCUAUUUUGAAGGAUAUAAUUUGAAUGCAAACAAAAAUGUCAGGACUAUGAAGAGCAUAUCUUUGCAGAGAAAUUCUUUCAAACCAUUUUACCUCUGCGAUUUAUACCUCCACUUGAGGUUUAUCCACCUGUCAUCAAAUAAGCCCUGCAAAGUCCACAGAUACUGAAGAAUUCAGUGGAGGAGGCAAUAUGUGUGUGCCAUACUAAAUAUGUUCUCUGCCUUCAUCCAACAACUAACCUGAGCCUUUUACUGCUGACUUUUCCUCUUCAACAUGUGAAGCUAGUGGCAGCCUAACUGUUUUAUGUCAUAUUAUUUGUAAAAAUAUUAAAUAAAGACUGAAAAUAAUACUGUCAUACUAUUUUUACGACUUAGAUAUUCAAACUAAAUACACAUACAAGAUAAAAAGGAAUAUUUUAUCAACUAAAAGACAUGCAUUGCUUUCCUUAUCCACUGUAGACUACAUCACUACAGAGGAUCAGUUAAAUAUUCAUUCUGUCACUGUAGCUACUGUUUUGAUAUACAAACAUCCAAACAUCAUCAUUGUAGUCAAUAUAAGACACAGAUUUAAUUAAAAAUCACCCAAGUUUAACAAAUCAUCUUUGUACUUUCUGUCUACCUCAAGCAAGUUCCAGUUUCAAACAGUUAUUUAGGCACCCACAUAGGCCAAGCAUAACAUUUCCAAUUCUGCACACGCAAGAUCAUUCUACAGGCAAAACAUUUGCCAAUCAAGACAGCAGCUUAUUUACAGAACAAUAAAAUAACCCACAGAUUAAUCCCUUCUUCAUUCACACAGAAACAAAGACGCCCACAUGUUCGUGGGUAGUAAUCUGACAAAAAAAGAGAGGGAAAAAAAUGGGGCAACAUACUCUGAGAGGGAAUGAACAGCUCUCAGAACGGAGCAAAUGCCAAACACACUAUGUGCGUAUUAAAAUUAAUGUGGGAUUUAAUGCAUAUAUCCUCUUAAAACAGCUGCAAAAGUCACACAUCAUCUAGCUCCAAAUCCUUGUACAUUUAAUGAUUUAGAGGAAAUAAACUCUGUACUAAUAUGUUGGAUGCAGAAACUGUUUGUAUAAAACAAAAUGAUGAAAAUAUAAAAAGAAAACAGUC